AUGGAAACAGGAUUGAUGGAACUCUUGAAAUACAACAAUCAGCAUCACUAUGACUCAGACAAGGACGAAGUCGACUCCAUAGAUGGAGAUGGCUCAGACGGUUCCACUCCGUCGCCUGUAACGCUCAAGCCAGCGAAGAGAGAAAAGAGCGGGAAACCGGCUCGGAAAUCGCCUAUUUCUCCAGAGAAGGUGCUAUCAACUGAUGAGUCUGACUCGGAAGAUUCCGACUCAAUCGGCGACCCGGUUGAGCUCGGCCGAGUAGACCAAGAAGAAGAAGGAUCAGACGCGAUGGACAGCGAAGGCGAGACUGAAGAUGACGAUGGGGCCUCGAAUCACAAUUUCGAUGAUAAUGAGAACGAGUCGUUCCGGCAACCAUCCGUCGACCUUGAUCGUAUCGCUUGCACCGAUGACUGUCGACACCAGUUUCGAGCCGCCUUUGGUACCCUCGAACAGCAGGUAUCUGAUCUCCAGGAUCAGAUUCGCUCUCUGACUCUCCAAAGUGGCGAGAAGGAUCGACAGAUCGAGGGGAAGAAUAAAGAGAUCGAGAGACUCAGAGGAAAGCCCGUACACCGGCAGCGAAAGACGAAAAGGACGUGGCCCCAUGAACUUCGGCGGCUUCAGGCAAACGAUCCGGAAGCGAUGGAUUACAAGAAGAUCUACAACCUCUGCUGUAAAGAGGAGAACAUGAGCUCUCGGGUGGACCUGAUCCAUCCUAAUCUACGACUGCGCCACCCGACAGCCAGAGACGUUCAGAAAGAGAUCGAAACGGAGAUUUCAACAGCACAGCUCGAUAUUGAAUCGGAUGACGGAAACAAAUCAGACACGACAGUAGUCCGAGCUCGCAGCCUAUCCAACGCAUCGGAGGAGUUGUUCGUUCGGGACAGUGAGCCCCCUGAAGGCAUUGCGUCAUUGUCCACAGAAAAGGAAGCUGAGAGUCCAUCGACGAUGAGCGGUUUCCCCUUCAAAAAGCUGCCAUCUGAAGUUCGAGCCAAGAUUCUCACGUUCGUUUUCGUUCAAGACCACAAACUCAUGCACUGCAUCUCUCGUCUCGACCCCUUCUUGGCUCCAGAAGAACCAGUCCAGCCAAGUUCAAGGAGAACCGGCCUCUUGAAUCGAUUUCACGUGUCUGGUUCUUCGUGCAGUGUUACGUACGCCAUCAAGCCUAACGAGCAUCUUGCUCUAUUCUUGGUAUGCAAGGAAUGGUACUUCCUCGGUGCGCAUGCAUUUUACGGUCUCAACACCUUCGCAUUCUCAAGCAUCGGAGAGUUUGCCCGCUUCUUUCGCGGUAUCGGCAAAGCUCGUAGCCAGAGAAUCCAACACGUCGAAUUGCUGUGGAUUGGCAAUCAAUACAGAACCUUACCAUUUCAGCUGGAGGGCAACAAGAAGAAAUACACGUCUCGACGGACUUGGGAUUCUUCGUUGCUGUGUGAUUUACCGCGACUGAAAAGCCUCACGGUACACAUCAACGAGACGGGCAGCCAAUACAUCCGCCGCAAGCAUGAGCCCUCAACUGUCAAAGAUUUCAUGGCGUCCAAGACCGCUGGCCAGCCCAAUUUCCGCUUUGCAAGAUCCCUAAGGACUCUGCAAGGACUUGACUACAUUCACCAGCUUCGAGGCAUGCAAGUCAUCCGGUUUCUGGACUUCGAGAAACAUCUCAAGCUCGGGGGCCGCCACGACAUCCGUGAUUGGACCUUUGGUAGAGACGUCGAGACAGUGACUACUCUUCCUAAGCCCCAUGCUGUCUCACAGGCCGCAGAGCUGCGGAAUCUGAAACCAAUUUCGCGGGGAUUUGUAGCUGAAGAAGGUCACUGGAAAAUGAUCGAAGAGCUCUACAACACAAGUUCUGCGUUCGACACAGAAGGCUACCAAAUACCUGAGACUCGUUACGCCAGAGCUUGCCUACCUAGCACAGAGCACAGCUCGGGGAACACUGCUGAAGUCUCCGAACACAAAACCGUCAUUCGAUCUCAGCAGACAGCCAGGCAAAAACGCAAUGAUGCUUCUGACACGGAAAGCACAAGAACCUUGAGCGACGCCGACUCAACUUCAAGAGCUACGGCUACGAACUCUCGGUCUAUCACGACUGACUCACGGUUUUCUCGCGAUGCUAGCGAACUUUCAUCCGCCGGAUCGAACGUUGGCAAUCCUAUUGAUAUUGACAGCUUCGAGCCGAGGAGGAGACUGCGCGAGAACUCCACGGCAAGUACUGGUCUUUUUGUACGGCAGGAAUCCUUUGACGGCCGCUCUGUCGAGAACCGUCAGCAAGUCUCGAUACAAGCGGGCUCUUCCUCCCAUCGUACUCGCCGCCCCAACGCGGUCCUGCUUAUCCCAGAGUACAAGCUCUAG